GGCCAAAAAGCGACACCGACGGAUCGGCGGACUUCGGCAAACAUCGGAGUCUGUCGGCAGGACUCGGACAAGCAAGGAUGGAGGAAGAGGCUCGGCGGCUACUCGAAGAAGGAAUCAGUAAGAAAUUGCUCAGCCCCGGUAAAGGACAACUUUCCACCUUCCCCGAUGGCACAAAGGUGGUCUUCCACUACCGCACCAGCCUGUGUGAUGGCACAGUCCUGGACGACUCCAAGUCCAUGGGCUGCUGCAGCAAGCCCAUGGAGCUGAUCCUGGGCAAGAAGUUCAAACUGGCAGUGUGGGAGAGAGUGCUGGUCACCAUGAGACAAGGAGAAAUGGCAGACUUCACAUGUGACACCAAACACACGGCACUCUACCCGCUGGUGUCCCAGUCCCUGAGGAACAUCAGCGUGGGGAAAGACCCCCUGGAAGGCCAGAGGCAUUGUUGCGGCAUUGCACAGAUCCACUCCCACCACUCGCUGGGACACAAGGAUCUGGACCAACUUCAGGCUACUCCACAGCCUCUCAUCUUCACCAUUCACCUUCUGGAGGUUCUUCCUCCAGGCUCGUUCCAGCUGGACGUGUGGGCCAUGACGGACGAGGAGAAGUUGGCGUUUGUGCCCCACAUCCACGAGGAGGGCAACGCCCUCUUCAAACAAGGCCGAAUAAAGGAGGCCACGGAGAAAUACUACAAUGGCAUCGCCUGCCUGAAGAAUCUACAGAUGAAGGAGCAACCAGGAGAUGAAGCUUGGAUCAAGCUGGACCACAUGAUCACACCUCUGCUCCUCAACUACUGCCAAUGCCAGUUACUGCAGGGCCAGUACUACGAAGUCAUUGAACACUGCUCCUCACUCACCUUCAAAUAUGAAGGUAAACAACGUGAAGGCCUACUACAAGCGAGCCAAGGCCCACGCCGCGGUGUGGAACGAGACGGAGGCCCGGGCAGACUUUGGCAAAGUGUUGGAGCUGGACCCCUCCCUGGGACCUUCCGUGGCCAAGGAGCUGCGCGCCAUGGAGGACCGUAUCCGCAGCAAGGAGAAGGAGGAAAAGGGUCGCUACAAAGGCCUGUUCAACUACGACACGCGACCACCCACCGCCACCACGGGCUGACACUCCACACCUUACCAUGCCUGUGAGACUAUUCUUGUAUCCACAAACUCUUUCUACACAUCAAACCUUCCCACUGCUUUAUUCCACUUGUAAAGAAGUGCCACACAGCUGCUAGAAUCACAACUAAAUGUACUUUGUCCCCCUCAUUAGUCACAUGAGCCAGCAGAAAGAUGAUUCCUUUAUGCUCCAAUUCUAGCCUGCUGUUAUUUCACCAACAAGCCAUUAUAAAGUUGGACCUUUUAAUCAUGUGGGGUGCAUGAGAAAGUAAUUACUAACUGCUCAGUCAGCAUUGAUACUGCUUUUAUAGAGAACAUCACACGCAUGAGUUCAGAUCAGGGGGGACCAAACUUUAUCCAACAGGGGCCACUUUGAUAGGUUUUGUACAUUAAAGAUGUUUAUUACUAAGCUAGCUGAUAGCUUUGUGUUACAGGUGACAGGAAAUUAGUGGAAUUUAAUUCGGGCUGUCAAAAAUAAGUUAACUCGUGUGAUUAAUCACAAACAAAUAUUGCAUAAAUCAUGGAUAUAUACAGAUUAAUUUAGUAUUUUCUAAUCUAUUCAAACAUUGCAUUUGUGUCUAAAAAGUCUUUUUUUUUUCAUUAAUUGGGAUGUUUAAGUUAAUUAAAAUUAUGCAAGUGAUUAAUACUUGUGAUUAAUCCUUUUUUUUUUUAAUUUGCACAAAUAAAAUGACUAUUAUUGUGAUAUCAAUCAAUCAAUGUUUAUUUAUAUAGCCCUGAAUCACAAGUGUCUCAAAGGGCCGCACAAGCCACAACGACAUCCUCGGUACAGAUCCCACAUACAGUGGGGCAAAAAAGUAUUUAGUCAGCCACCGAUUGUGCAAGUUCUCCCACUUAAAAUGAUGACAGAGGUCUGUAAUUUUCAUCAUAGGUACACUUCAACUGUGAGAGACAGAAUGUGAAAAAAAAAUCCAGGAACUCACAUUGUAGGAUUUUUAAAGAAUGUAUUUGUAAAUUAUGGUGGAAAAUAAGUAUUUGGUCAAUAACAAAAAUUCAACUCAAUACUUUGUAAUAUAACCUUUGUUGGUAAUAACAGAGGUCAAACGAUUACUAUAGGUCUUUACCAGGUUUGCACACACAGUAGCUGAUAUUUUGGCCCAUUCCUCCAUGCAGAUCUUCUCGAGAGCAGUGAUGUUUUGGGGCUGUCGCCGAGCAACACAGACUUUCAACUCCCUCCACAGAUUUUCUAUGGGGUUGAGGUCUGGAGACUGGCUAGGCCACUCCAGGACUUUCAAAUGCUUCUUACGGAGCCACUCCUUCGUUGCCCGGGCGGUGUGUUUGGGAUCAUUGUCAUGCUGGAAGACCCAGCCACGUUUCAUCUUCAAAGCUCUCACUGAUGGAAGGAGGUUUUGGCUCAAAAUCUCACGAUACAUGGCCCCGUUCAUUCUUUCCUUAACACGGAUCAGUCGGCCUGUCCCCUUAGCAGAAAAACAGCCCCAAAGCAUGAUGUUUCCACCCCCAUGCUUCACAGUAGGUAUGGUGUUCUUGGGAUGCAACUCAGUAUUUUUCUUCCUCCAAACACGAUGAGUUGAGUUUAUACCAAAAAGUUCUAUUUUGGUUUCAUCUGACCACAUGACAUUCUCCCAAUCCUCUGCUGUAUCAUCCAUGUGCUCUCUGGCAAACUUCAGACGGGCCUGGACAUGCACUGGCUUAAGCAGGGGGACACGUCUGGCACUGCAGGAUUUGAUUCCCUGUCGGCGUAGUGUGUUACUGAUGGUAACCUUUGUUACUUUGGUCCCAGCUCUCUGCAGGUCAUUCACCAGGUCCCCCCGUGUGGUUCUGGGAUUUUUACUCACCAUUCUCAUGAUCAUUUUGACCCCACGGGAUAAGAUCUUGCGUGGAGCCCCAGAUCGAGGGAGAUUAUCAGUGGUCUUGUAUGUCUUCUAUUUUCUGAUAAUUGCUCCCACAGUUGAUUUUUUCACACCAAGCCGCUUGCCUAUUGUAGAUUCACUCUUCACAGUCUGGUGCAGGUCUACAAUUAUUUUCCUGGUGUCCUUCGACAGCUCUUUGGUCUUGGCCAUAGUGGAGUUUGGAGUCUGACUGUUUGAGGCUGUGGACAGGUGUCUUUUAUACAGAUAACCAGUUCAAACAGGUGCCAUUAAUACAGGUAACAAGUGGAGGACAGAAGAGCUUCUUAAAGAAGAAGUUACAGGUAUGUGAGAGCCAGAGAUCUUCCUUGUUUGGAGUGACCAAAUACUUAUUUUCCACCAUCAUUUACAAAUAAAUUCUUUAAAAUUCCUACAAUGUGAAUUCCUGGAUUUUUUUUUCCACAUUCUGUCUCUC